AUGUCAAGAUCCACUGAACUGCAGCAGCAGCAGCAGCACCAGCAGCAAAAGGACCUGGAGACUCACUAUGAGAGCAGCUACCACCUUGGCUCCAAAUCAUCAUUUACCCGCCGGUCCUAUGCUGCUCACACGAGCAGCCAUGGUGUAUCAAAGCACACUAAGAAAAAAGAGGAGAGGACUCUCACUUCAGUUUCCAAGAAAGCCAAGCGCUCCUACCUGGCUUUUGACAAGGAAAACGAGGUCAUUGGAUACGUCGUGCCUGUCUUCCGCAGCAGUCAUUUAGCCACACAGGAGCUUCUGGAGAGCCAGGAGGCGGUGAAGGAAGAAAGUGUUGGCUACGUUGUUAUGAGAAAUCUCUUUGCUAGAGAAACAGAGUCUCACGAGAUGAAGCUGGAAAAGAAAACCAGGAAGAGGAGCAUGAGGGAGUCAGCAGACCGCCUGGCUCUGGGCAAGAAGAUGCAAGAAAAGGAGGAGUUUCAGAGGAAGAUGAAUCCAGACAGCCUGACUCACCCACCGGAGUUCAUUGUGAAGCCCCGUGCCCAGACAGUGUGGGAGGGAAAGAGCGUUAAACUGCACUGCACUGUGGCUGGCUGGCCCAAACCCCGUGUCGCCUGGUACAAAAAUAAUGUGGUCAUCGAUGCCAAAGCUCACCCUGACAAGUACAUCACUGAAAGCAAUUACAACAUGCACUCCCUGGAGAUUAAAAGCUGUGAUUUCAGCGACACUGCCGAGUAUCGUAUUUCAGCCCUAAAUGUCAAGGGGGAAAGCUCUGCCUUUGCUUCUGUCAUUAUUAAAAGGUUCAAAGAUGGAGAACAGGUGACUGAAAAACCACAUGGCUUCAGUCCUGAAUAUGGUGUCACGUUCAAUACAACCGUUAUUGACAAGUUUGAAGUUGCCUUUGGUCGCGAGGGAGAGACCCUGAGCUUGGGCUGCACAGUGAUUGUCUACCCCAGUGUGAAACGCUACCAGCCUGAGGUCGUGUGGUACAGGGAUGGUGUUGCCUUGAAGCCGUCUAAGUGGGUGCACAUGCACUGGAGUGGUGAAAAGGCCACCCUGACCCUAGUACACCUUAAUAAGGAGGAUGAGGGCCUGUACACCCUUCGUGUCAACACCCAGUCUGGCUUUGACUCUCAUUCUGCCUAUGUCUUUGUUAGAGAUGCUGAUGUGGAGGUGGAAGGGGUCCCUGUGGCUCCUCUCGAUGUGCGUUGCCAUGACGCCAAUAAAGAUUAUGUGGUUGUGACCUGGAAGCAGCCAGCGAUUGAAGGCAGUAGCCCCAUCCUGGGAUACUUUGUUGACAGGUGUGAGGUUGGCACCCACCACUGGGCUCAGUGUAAUGACACUCCUGUGAAGUAUGCCCGCUUCCCAGUCACUGGACUCAUUGAGGGUCACUCCUAUGUCUUCAGAGUGCGUGCCAUCAACAUGGCAGGGGUCAGCCUUCCAUCCCGGGUCUCUGACCCGGUGGUUGCCAUGGACCCGUCAGACCGUGCCCGACUGAGAGCUGAUCCUUCUGCUCCUUGGACUGGUAUGAUAAAGUUCACUGAGGAAGAACCCACAGUGGGUGUGGUGCCUGGAGAGCCUUCCGAUCUGGCUGUUACUGAGGCAACCAAGAGCUAUGUGGUGUUGAGCUGGAAGCCUCCCGUGCAGAGGGGACACGAGGGUGUCAUGUACUAUGUGGAGAAGUGCAUUGUGGGUACAGACACCUGGCAGAGAGUGAACACCGGCAUGCCAGUGAGGUCACCUCGUUUUGCUCUGUUUGACCUGGCUGAGGGAAAGUCCUACUCCUUCCGUGUGCGUUGCUGUAACUCCGCAGGGGUCGGGGAGCCAUCUGCACCAACUGAGGCGACCACUGUGGGAGACCGACUGGACCUACCGUCAGCGCCUGGUCCUAUAGUGCCCACCAGGAACACGGCUACCUCUGUGGUGGUUUCCUGGGGCGCAUCCCAGGAGGCCAAGGGUCUAGUGGGUUAUUAUAUUGAGACCAGUGUGGUGGGCAGCAACGUGUGGGUGCCCUGCAACAACAAACCAGUCAAAGGCGCCAGGUUUGUGUGUCAUGGGCUGAGCACAGAAGAGAAGUAUGUGUUCAGAGUUAAGGCAAUCAAUGCUGCUGGAUACAGUUCAAGCUCUGCAGAGUCUGAGGAAAUCGUGGUGAAGGCGGCUGUAGCCGUCCCUUCUCCACCCACUGGUGUGACCCUGGUGGAGAGGGUACGCGACUACAUGGUGCUGGGCUGGAAGGCACCCGCUGAUGACGGCGGUGCAGAUGUCCGUGGAUACUUCUUGGACUACAGGACCGUUAGGCACGGAGUUGCGGGCCGUUGGCAUGAGCUUAACACCCAUGCUGUCACGGAAACUUCAUACAAAGCAGAGGACCUGAAAGAGAACACGUUCUACCAGUUCCAGGUGCGUGCUGUCAACAUGGCAGGCAUAAGCGAGGGCUCCAAGCCCAGCGCUGCACUGGAGUGUAAGGAGUGGACUGUCGCAGUGCCAGGACCUCCUCACGGCCUCCACGUUCUGGAGGUGCGGAAGGACUCCUUGGUUCUCCUUUGGGAGCCGCCCACUUUCAACGGCCGCAGUCCAGUCACCGGAUACUAUGUGGACAUCAAAGAGGCCUCUUCUGGGAAGGGCACCUGGAGGGGCGUGCAUGAGAGGUCUACCAAACUGACCUACAUGAAGGUGACCGGGCUGAAGGACGGCGUCUCCUACAUGCUACGUGUCCAUGCCAAGAACGUGGUAGGUGUUGGUGGACCAUCCAAAGCGACAGAACCUAUUCUGGCCCAGACUCGCCCAGGAACCAAUGAGAUCAUCGUGGAUGUGGAUGAUGACGGUGUGAUCUCUCUGAUCUUCGAGUGCUCUGAAAUGGCAGCUGAUUCUCAGUUUGUUUGGUCCAAGAACUACACGGCCCUCACAGACACCUCUCGCCUUACUGUUGAGACUUCAGGGGGCAAAUCCAGAGCCAUCUUCAAUGAUCCCUCUGUGGAAGACCUGGGCAUUUAUUCCUGUGUGGUCACCAACACAGAUGGUGUUUCUGCUAGCUACACCCUCACAGAGGAGGGAUUGAAACGUUUGUUGGACAUCAGCCAUGAUCAUAAGUUCCCCAUUAUUCCCUUCAAGUCUGAGAUGGCUAUUGAACUCCAGGAGAAGGGACGUGUUCGUUUCUGGUGCGAAGUGGGCAAGUUUACCUCUAACUGCGAGGUGGAAUACAUCUUCAACGAUAACAUCAUCACCCAAGGAAAGAAAUACACAAUGAACUUCGACAAGUCCACUGGCAUUAUUGAGAUGUUCAUGGACUCACUGGAAGUUACAGAUGAGGGAACUUUCACCUUUGACCUUGUUGAUGGGAAAGCAAAGGGUCGUACCAGUUUGGUGCUUAUUGGGGAAGAGUUUGCUGAGAUUCAGAAGAAAUCUGAAUUUGAAAGGGCAGAAUGGGUCCGCAGGCAAGGUCCUCAUUUUGUGGAGUACCUUGGUUUCGAGGUCACCCCACAAUGCGAUGUGCAUCUGAAAUGCACGGUGGGAAAUAUAAAACCAGAGACCGAGAUUUGCUGGUUUAAGGAUGGAAUCGAGAUCGAUGAGGAUGAUGAAGAGGCUAAACAGAUAAGCAUCGCCGAUGGCGUGUUGACCUUUGACAUCGGCAAGUGUGUUGUAAAGAAGGAAAAAGAGGAAAAAAAGAAACCCGCUGAUGAGCCAAGCCCCGGAAAACCAAAAAUUUCAAAGAGAGAUGCAGGUGUAUAUGAGGUAAAACUGAGAGAUGAGAGAGGUAAAGACAAGACUAAGCUGGAUUUGACUGAAGCAGGUUUCCAGGCUGUGAUGAAUGAACUGUUCAGAGUUAUUGCUAACUCUGCCGCUGAGCUCAAAGUUAUGAGCACAGAACAUGGAAUUAUUCUUUACACAUUUGUUACGUAUUACACCGAAGAACUGCGUUUUGGCUGGCUCCACAAAGAUGCAAAGAUUUCUCACUCAGACAGAGUUCAGUGUGGAGUCACUGGAGAACAGCUGUGGCUUAAGAUCAAUGAGCCCACAGAAAAGGACAAGGGCAAGUACGCCAUCGACAUCUUUGACGGAAAGGAUGGCGUCAAGAGGGUCUUUGAUCUGUCUGGACAAGCAUGGGAAGAGGCAUUUGAGGAGUUCCAGAGGCUGAAGGCGGCAGCCAUUGCAGAGAGAAACCGGGCUCGUGUGGUGGGAGGACUGCCCGACGUGGUCACUAUCCAGGAAGGCAAGUCUUUGAACCUCACUGGCAACGUGUGGGGAGACCCUGUUCCUGAAGUGAGCUGGUUGAAGAAUGACAAGGAACUGGUGGCUGAUGAACACUAUACUCUGAAGUUUGAACAUGGCAAGUUUGCCAGCAUCACCAUAGCGGCUGUCACCACCGUCGAUUCCGGGAAAUAUGCCCUGCUGGUGAAGAACAAGUAUGGCACAGAGGCCGGCGAGUUCACUGUCAGUGUCUACUUGCCAGAAGAAGAGGAAGAGAAGAAAGAGUAAAGAGAGAUGAUAACACAAGGGGAGGCAGGAGUUGAAAGAUCACUGUAAUUCCCAAAGUAUUCUACAAGGAAGCAUGUCCAUUCAUACUAUUCCUGUUGAGCAAUUAAAGCAGGAAUGUUGUUUGGUUACACAACAUAUUGUAUCACGAUUCUCUAAGAAUCUUUUCGGAAAUUGGGCUCGGUAAAUUAUUGAAACAUUAUGACCCUAGUAAACACUUUUCCUUGGCCUUUCUUUUUUUUUUACGCGCCUUUAUGGUGACAUAAUUGUUUCUCCGUUGUGAAGGGUAAAAACUGAUGUUCACAAUAACCCUCAGACAAACAGUGUAAGUUUAUUUUCCUUAUUUCCCAAAAGAAGCAUUGUUUAGAUUUUGAGAAUAGAGAUAAAACACAUGCUUGGAUUGCUUUGGGUAUUGCCUUACAUAAAAGCAUAAACUGGAAUUAUUGCAGAUGUUGAAUUGUGCCUCUGUUGUAUGUUUUUAUCUCACUGUGUGUUUUUCUUUCUCUGUAUCAGUCCAACACUGGCUGUAUCACUGUUUCUGUUUGAACUGCCAGAGAAAGUACCUGUCUGCUGUACACAAGGAUAACAAUUGUGAAUGUACAUGAUAACUAAAUUCAGACAGUAUUUGUUUUACAGUUUAACAUUAAUACUGAGAUAAACUUGUACUAUCCAUCUUGUCAGAGGUCUGUAAAAAAAAAUAAUAAUAAGAGAGGAGUUUCUGCUUAAACUCAUUUGUUGUACUCUUUUUUUUGUUUUUGCUCCAUGUUUAGCCCAUUCAAAAGUUGGACACAAAAUAUACAAGCGCUAGUUGUACUU